CUCUCUUUCUCUCUCUCUCUCUCUCUCUCUCCCCGGCUCGCCGGCCGUUGAUUGCAGCAACAAGGAAGCAAGAUGGCGGGGGCGGGCGGAGAUUGCGACGUGAUUAUGGCGCCCGCGGUGGCCACACCGGCGGUGGCUUCACAUUCUGAGGUGCCGGUGAUGGUGAGCGACGAGGACGCGGGGACGCGCAAAGAAGCCGAGUCCUUCAAGGAGCAGGGAAAUGCCUUUUACGCCAAGAAGGAUUACAACGAAGCGUACAACUAUUACACAAAAGCCAUAGAUACAUGUCCUAGCAAUGCCAGUUACUAUGGGAACCGAGCUGCCACUCUCAUGAUGCUAGGCAAAUUCCGGGAAGCACUGGGGGAUGCCCAGCAGUCGGUCAGGAUGGACGAUAGCUUUGUGAGGGGACACCUGCGGGAGGGAAAGUGCCAUCUAUCACUGGGGAAUGCCAUGGCUGCCAGCCGCUGCUUCCAACGAGUUCUAGAACUGGAUUAUAAAAAUGCACAGGCUCAGCAAGAGAUGAACAACGCCAGAACUGUCCUAGAGUAUGAGAAAAUUGCUGAAGUUGACUUUGAGAAACGGGAUUUCCGAAAAGUUGUCUUUUGCAUGGAUCGUGCUCUGGAAUUUGCCCCAGCCUGCCACCGGUUCAAAAUUCUCAAAGCAGAAUGUUUAGCGUUGUUGGGUCGCUAUCCUGAAGCACAGUCAGUUGCCAGCGACAUCUUGCGAAUAGACUCCACAAAUGCUGAUGCCCUCUACGUCCGUGGGCUUUGCCUUUACUAUGAGGACUGCAUUGAGAAGGCUGUGCAGUUCUUCAUCCAGGCGCUCAAAAUGGCUCCUGACCAUGACAAGGCCUGUCUCGCCUGCCGUAAUGCCAAAGCGUUGAAAGCAAAGAAGGAUGACGGCAACAAGGCCUUCAAGGAAGGCAAUUACAAGCUAGCCUUUGAACUUUAUACAGAGGCCCUUGCAAUAGACCCAAAUAACAGGAAAACCAAUGCCAAACUCUACUGCAACCGGGGGACGGUUAAUUCAAAGCUUAGGAAGCUAGAUGAAGCGAUAGAAGACUGCACGAGUGCCAUCAGACUGGAUGACACAUACAUCAAAGCCUACCUGAGGAGAGCGCAGUGUUACAUGGACACAGAACAAUACGAAGAUGCUGUGAGGGAUUAUGAAAAGGUUUAUCAGACUGAAAAAACAAAAGAACACAAGCAGCUGCUCAAGAAUGCACAGGUGGAACUGAGGAAAAGUAAGAGGAAAGACUAUUAUAAGAUCCUGGGAGUAGACAAGAAUGCCUCCGAAGAUGAGAUCAAAAAGGCGUAUCGGAAGCGGGCCCUGAUGCAUCAUCCAGACCGGCACAGCGGUGCAAGUGCUGAAAUCCAGAAAGAGGAAGAAAAGAAAUUCAAAGAGGUUGGUGAAGCUUUCACCAUCCUUUCUGAUCCGAAGAAGAAAGCUCGCUAUGACAGUGGACAGGACCUCGAGGAAGAUGGCAUGAAUAUGGGAGAUUUUGAUGCUAAUAAUAUCUUCAAGGCUUUCUUUGGAGGACCAGGAGGCUUCAGUUUUGAAGCUUCUGGACCGGGAAAUUUCUUUUUCCAGUUUGGCUAAAUGGCAGAAAAGAUCCAUCUUGUCUACUGAAACCCAAACUUUCUCUGAACUGCUUCUUUUAACUCCCGAGUUACGUUCUCCCUUCAUCUCAUCGCGCCGUUUCUUAGGGCUGUGGCAUUUUCUCCAUUGGAGACCUCCGUUUUUUGUGUGAGCUUUAGAGUGUGAUGAGAAAACCAGCGCUUGAAGAGAAGGGAGAGGGGCAGUGAAGGAAUAUACUUUUUGUUGUUUGUUUUAUUGUUAACUUUAUUAAAAAAGAGAGAGCGAGAGAGAGAAAUAAAAUCUUUUGAUUCCUCUAUGAUAAGUAAUUUCAGACUCCCAAGCUGCUGGGAUUUAAUUGGGGGAAUCCUCACCUUCUGAGAUGGGCCUGAAAGUUUUCUUAAGUGCAGCUGGACAUGACACGCCUUCAUAUUUAUGUAAGUAAGGGGGAAGCCUAAUUAGGUUUUUCUCACUUUGAUUUCAUCAUCCUGGCUGUAGCUGCACUGAACCUGUGAACUACAUGCAGAAAAGGCAUUGAAACGCUUGAGAAACUCAAGCAGAGUGAGCUUUACAGCAUUAUUCUCUGACAGAUUCACUUCUGGAAUAAGGGGGAAAGUCUUUUUCUCAGCAUAUUGUAAUACCUCCAAACCAUUUAUUUCAUUUGGGGGACAGUUUCUGUUUCCGAUUUCUUGAGUACAUCAGGGAAAUGGUAAGGGCUGCUUUCAUACACAUCCAUAUUUGUCAUUUUGAUGGUGAAACUCAGCUCAACAUGUAAAACUGGUUCCACUGAAAAUUGCAUGGUGUCUGAGGUGGUUUUCAGGUGUUAUGAAAGCUGUAUGUGUGUGCGCCCAUGCGCAAUGUCGGAUCUGCAGUGGCCAUUUCACACAUGCAAACCAUCACUUGAUAUCACAGUUCAUACAUGCAUGUGCAAAUCCACUUAAUGUGUUGGAACCUGUACUUUACAAACUGAUUGGAAUCCCAAAAUGCAUUUUUGGUUGGGAAAGAAUUUUUCAGAAUUGACCAGAAAUGUGUUCAACCUUUAAAAGAAGAAGAUAAUCAGCAUUACUUGAAGCGAGAGGGCUCCUGUCUCUGCUGUGCAACCCUGUCUUGUAGUAUAUUAUGAAGGUGGCCGAAACUAAGCUGCUUGCCUUGAGCUUACCUGUUGGUUUGUUUUGAAAGAUGGCAAUUUGCAGUAGCAACAAGCCACCUUGGAAUCACUGGCUGUCCUUAUUCCUAUUAUUAGUUUCGUCCAAGGCUGAUAUAAUGUGUAUAUUGGCCACACUAAGUAACUGCUUCCAUGAUACCUCCUUGUUUCCGACAGUUAGCUCACUCCUUUUCUCCACAGUAAUUAGACACCGUCUGUAGAUUUUUAUCUCUUCCCCCUGCCCACAAUGUGUUGAUCUAUUGUAACAUUAGAUGGUAGUUUUCAUCAUACUGUGCAUUGGCAACUUCCUUCUGAUGUCAAGGCCUAGUUGAUCGACACAAAGGUGCUCAGUUCAAAUCAUUUGAAAAUAAAAGUGAUCCGAACAGCUUUGGGCCAUCUUCUACCAAGAACUAACUGCUUAAUGCAGGGGUGGGCACCUUGUGGCCCUUGGGGUCGACGACUGCCACCAUCCCUCACCAUUUGCUAAUGCUGGCUAGAGCUGAUCGUAGGCUACAAGUUGCCCACCCCGGCUUUGACUCAGAAACCAUAAGAAUGUUUCUAGUUAUCCAGAGUAGUUUGAUAGACAACAAAAAAAUGGAGCUUUCACAAGAGUCUGUGAAGUUUUAGUACAAUACCUGUUCAGAAAAUUUAAACUACUGCUCCAACAUAAGGUGUCAUUAUGGCCUGGGAGUUCUCUGCUACUUUUUGAGCCAUUCGGCUGUGGCUCCUGGCCAGCUAAGAAUGCAUUAGCAGUUGAUUUAACCUUGUCUGCUGCAUUCCGCUUCCUGGCCUCAAACUGAGGAACUUGAGAGCAGCAAUGGCAACAAUACAAUCUAUAGAGGGAUCUCCAGGUAUUGCUACCUAGGCUAAAGUGUGGAGAGAGUAAGGAAAUAAGUUGAUAUUAGUGGGAUGAGCCAGGAGCUUGACAUCUGAACCACAUGAAGACGUUUGCAUCCUCGCCCAGGAAAUGUGAGCUACCUCUGAUUUAGGCCCCCAUCAUGCAAUCAAAUUUGACUGAUGGAAUUUCUCUGGGCUCAUCCAGAGAAAUAAAUCUGGUGAUGUUGGGUUAUGUAUAUUCUCCACUAACAAUCAGAAAUAUGGUAUUUUUUGAAAAACUGGCAGAAAAGAAUAUGAAGCAACAAAACCUCUCUUCAUAAGUUGCCUUACGCUGAUGGAAAUUAUAUUAGUAGAACUUUAUUCUCAAAGGCCUGGUGCUAUCAGACCCAUGGAAAAGCAAGAUUGGAGCAUCCUGUUCAUUUCCCUUCUUAGAUGUCUUGGCAGGUGAAAUCCCUUUGCCUUUAGGAUCCCGUUUGCACGAUUAAACAUACCAUGGUAAGCAAACCAUGGGUUGUUUAUGAAUGCAUGGGAGGGAGGGACUGUGCUGGCUCCCAACUGCUUUUCCACUUUUCUAGGUGUUCCUGGGUUAUUUGCCAUGAUGUCUGAACCUGGAACUCUGGGUUCUGGAGUAUGAAACAACCCAGAGUUUUAACCUCGCAACAAACCAUGGGUUAAAACUGGGUUGUUUUCUGGAACUUGAUAUUGAUUGUAAACCUGAAAGCUGGUGAGUGCCAAUUUAGAAACAAACUAUUCUUCUGUAAUGCUUCGACUUUUUGUUACACAUUUCUCAUCAGAAAGUCAGCCUCUGUACUCAAAGCAGCCACCAAGGAGCCUCAUAGACUUCAACUUCUUUGCAUUAAAGUAGACAGCAAAGUUUAUUGAAUCAACUUUUUAAAAAAAUCUUUCUCCUGAUGUGGCAUUUUAGAACCUUGCAUUACAUUCUUAGUCAUUGAAUUUCAUUUUUUUUUAAUUAAUGAAGUUGCAUUUAAGAGCUACCAAAGGUGUUUUGCCCAUUGGUUCACUUCCUAUCAGUCUGAGGCAUGGUGUUGUAUGCCUGCAAAAAAUGAGGUGGUAAGAGUAGACUGUACCACUUCAGAUUGCUGAUGCGAUCACGCUUUUGAAUGCUCCCUUACGGAAACAGCUCCCUGAAAGUAGAGAUUUAACAUAGGGAGGCAUUCAAAAGUGGCAUCCCUCGCCUGCAAUCUGAGAUGGUAUUACUGACCCUACCACUUCAUUCUGCCGCAUGUGUGGACAAGGUCUCAGUCAGGAGAUGGGGUGAGAGAAAACAGGCUUUCCCAAGCUGAGACAUGCAGGGCAGCUUCCACUUUAUUCAUGAGCUUCUGGUUUAGGAGAAAAGUAUUCUUGAGAAAGUUGCCUUUUUGCCUCAGAUGUUUGACUCCCGUCCCCUUCUUUUUUUGGUACACUGCCUGAUCAUUUUUCCUUGCAUGCUUCGUGUGCUCUUUGCUGUACAGAUACAUUUACAAGGAAUACCUGAGCAGAGGACAGAUAAGCCAGUGUUGAAGCCAUUGGAGAGAGGCUGUUUAGCUGGAAAUAUUUACUUACCAUUUUAUCCUCAAUGUGAGGAUCUAGCUUUCCUGUUAAGAAGUUUGUUGCAUGAUCUUUUAGAAAAGCACCCCAACUCUCCCUUUCUCCUGGGGAUGGCUUCAUACACCGAUAAAUACAAUGUUCCACUCACACCCUUUCACAUUUCUAAGAUUAUUAAAGGAGAACAAAAAUUGGUGACUAUUGGUUAAGCAGGAUUCAUAAUGUGUUUAUAUGCAGAAUUUCAAACCAGACUGAAGCAAAAACCAUAUGCAAUUGAUAUUAACUUUAUUAUAAAAUGUAUAUGAUGUACAAAAAUAAACACUCCAGAUCUCA